GGAGACAAUUAUAGAAGAAAUUAAAAAAGUAAAGAAAGCUGAAAUUAAAAAGAAAAUUUAUGAAUUUAUAAAAAUUAUUAAAGAAUUAAAAAAUAAAGGAAUUGAGGAAAUAAUUAAAUAUUUGGGAGUUACAGAUGUUGAAAGAAUGGAAAUGAGACAAAAAGUUGAGGAAUAUGAUAAUUUGGAUAUUUUUCAUAAAAUUUUAGUUCAAAAAAGAAAUCAAGAAUUUUUAUAUUCAAUCUCUAAAGAUAAAAGGAAUUUUCCAUUCAAAAUUGAAAAUUUUGAAAUGGAACGAAGAAAUGAGCGUUCUUGUUAUAAAUUCGAUAAAGUUAGAGGCUGCAAGAUAGAUUUGUGUAUGUUUUGUUAA